AUGUUUCGGUUCUACAUUACAAAGGCGAUUCAAAAUGUGCUCGCUCAAACCAGUCUCCAUGGAGUGGUGUAUCUGGUGUACAAGCGGAGUACCUACAUGGAAAAGGUUAUGUGGUUCUUCAUCAUCUGUCUCUCGCUAACGGCCGGCUGCUACGCUGUGGGCAUCUUCUGGAUACGAUACUGGACCAAUCCCACCAUGAUUGCCCUGGACCGGAACUACCAUCUCUGGAACACCACGUUUCCCAGUCUGACCGUCUGCUUCCAGAAGAGAUUGAAUGAACGCGCGCGUGACGAGCUGGUGUCCAAAGUGGAACCGGAGCAGAUGGAACGGUACAGUGAAUUUCUGGACACGCUGAUUGAAAGCGACAUCGAAAACGUGGGUCGAUUGGCCGAGUAUGAAGAGUUCGAUGAUGAGGGAACCAACUUGAGGGAAUUGCUUAACAAACUUACGGAUCGCUCGAGCGCCAUCAUAACGCUGGAGGGAAACUUACAAGGAACAUUAGUUCGCACAAUGACCGAAAUGGGAAUCUGCUACACGUUUAACUCUGCCAUCGCCAGGUACAUGGCCGUGGAUGAGUUUGUGGACGAAAGCGAGCUGUAUCAAGUCAGCGUCUUCGACGGGGAAACAACGGCUACAAUUUCAAACUGUACCUCAAACGCUAAUAUUUAUUUGCACAGUCCAUACGAGAUGCCGACGAUUAAAAAAUCGAUUCAACUUGAGCGGGGAUUCUUUACGUUUACCCGAAUGGAAUUCAAAGCUCUCGCCAUCAACUCGGAGCCAUCGAUUAGGUUUUUGAGCAUCAAGCAGCGGAAGUGUAGGUUCCCGCAUGAGUCGAACCUUCGGUUCUUCCCAGAUUAUUAUUCUUACGAUUUGUGUUUGGUGGAGUGUAAGUUCCAUCUUUUCCUCAAGCACUGCCAAUGCAUUCCUUUCUUUUACCAUAUAACCGAUUCUACGGCACAGUACUGCAAAAUUAAUCAGAUGGGUUGUGUGCAGCUUUAUCAGAGCUACAUAACGUUUUUGACGGCAGAUGAGCUACGCGAGAUUUUUGGGGCCUGCAAAUGCAUAAAGAACUGUGACGAUGCCACCUUUACGUUGCAGCAGUUUGAGUCUACAUUUUGGUUCAACGAUCCCGUUGUUAAAUGGAGCACGCGCAUACCAAAAAUCCGUUACAGUCGGAGAAUUAUCUACGAUUUCAUUGACGCUUUGGUUUCUACCGGAAGCACUUUGGAGUUUUUCUUUGGCUUCAGCAUCAUCACGUUCAUCGAGUUCGGUUAUUUUUCGCUCCGAAAUCUGAUCAUAUCCUUAAUGCGCGCCAGACCGGUGCGGAAGUUUUGGAAGCGGAAGCAACACCAGCGAACGCUGUUAAAAGCACGAAAUCAGAAGCGGCGCAACACGAAAACAUUUAUAUAUCUUCCGUAA